GGCUCUCUCCAUGUUUACAAAACACACAGACCCUUAUCGCGCCGUGACGACCUUAUCCACCUUAUGAAGACUUUCCAAUAUUAUUAUGAUAAAAGACAUACGACUUUCCCAUUGUUUCGAUUUUCAGCAAAACGAAAAAUAUAAACAAUGGCGGAUAGUUCUCUUCGGGCAGCGAGCAAGUCUGGUUGUGUGCGGAUUUAAUAUGAAUUUUGCGAUAUGUAUAACUUUCGCCACGUGGAUUCGUUACACCACCUGCAGAGAUGAAGACAAGAUCAUGAAAGCUUGUUUCUGGCCAAACGAGGUGUACGAGCCGUGUUUCGGUGGGUGCGCGGAGGUGUCGUGCGACAACCCGCGGAACCACUUGCGUCCCUGCUACCCGUAUUGCGAACCGGGGUGCGUCUGUGAAGAGCCUUACGUGAGGGACGACCGGACACACCAGUGUGUCUUGCCGCAGGAUUGCUCGCCAACUCAAAUGGGCAUCCCCGUCCCAACAAAGCGUGUAGACAGGACACCUGCUCCGAAAUACUCGAGCAGGACUCGAGGCCACGGGAAGAGGGACGACAUACCCGCAGAGUAUUCGGAGAACGAUCAUACCGCCUCCCAGCAAUAAAGUGGAAGACUUCAAACGACCCUCUGAAGUGUCCAGAAUGGGCAAUUACUUCAAUAUAGUAAUUGCGCCGCCGCCUAUCAAAGCACUUCAGCCGAGGAAAAUUAUACAAAACGAGGCUUUCAGAUCACCCAUUAAAAGAAUUUAAAACAU